AUGGCGGCCGCUAAAGACAUAUUCAGAGGGGAGAUAUACAACUGUAGGCACAGUAACUCCUUCUACAAAUUACAACGAAUUGUUGCGUACAUGCUGCGGUUCUGUUAUAAGUCUAAUAGAGCGCCAACGAAGGCGCUAUGUCUGGAGGAGCUAAGCCAGGCACGCAUUAUUAUCCUGCGCACGAUUCAGCAAAUCGAAUUUAACGCAGAGCGUAACCAGCUCAAACGGUACAAAACAGUGGACAAAAAGAGUUCUCUUGUAUCAUUGGCUCCCAUCGUUGGAUCUGAUGGGUUAAUUCGAGUAGGAGGCAGACUCGAACAUUCAAACCUAUCCGAAGACGCAAAACAUCCAGUUCUGCUCCCCUACAAUGACACAAUUGUAAAAAUGAUCUUAAGAGAACUACAUGAGACCAACAUGCAUUGCGGUGCCCAAGCCUUGCGCGCCAUUGCUAGGCAACAGUAUUGGAUCAUCAAUGACAAAACAAUGGCAAGAAGCAUUGUACAUAACUGCGUGCGAUGUACCAGAGUCAAGCCCAAAUUAAUGAGUCAAAUCAUGGGAAAUCUACCGAGCGAGAGAGUCACACAGGCUCGGCCCUUCUUUAACUCUGGAGUAGAUUACUGCGGCCCCAUAUGGAUUCAUCACAAGAUUCGAGGAAAACGUCCCGACAAGGCCUAUAUCGCAGUGUUCUGUUGCUUCGCCACGAAAGCAAUUCAUUUGGAGUUGGUAAGCGACCUCACAACAGACGCCUUUUUGGCCGCUCUCCGCCGGUUUCUUGGACGUCGAGGGAAGUGCCAGACAAUCCAUUGCGAUAAUGCAACAAAUUUUAUUGGAGCCAACAAUAAAUUAAAAGAGCUCGAAACCAGCAUCUUCUCAACCAAUGCGCAGGACUCCAUAGUUCAGCAUUGCAACAAAAGAGAAAUAAACUUCAAAUUCAUUCCCCCACGAGCACCAUCCUUCGGUGGCCUAUGGGAAGCUGCGGUGAAAUCCGCAAAACGGCUGCUAGUAUCAAUUACAGCCACGGCGUCUUUGACGUUUGAAGAACUCAACACUGUGGUCGUUGAAGUUGAAGCGAUCCUCAAUUCACGGCCGAUUACUCCCAUGUCAUCAGACCCCACUGACGAAUCAGCUUUAACGCCAGGACACUUCCUGAUUGGAGAACCACUAACUGCUCCUCCUGAUACCAACAUCAUUCCGGGCGGCAAACCAUUAGUAAAAAGAUGGGAACUGGUAUCACGACUGAAGCACGCCUUUUGGAAACAAUGGUCAUGUGAGCAAGAUGUCACCUGCAAGAACUUCAGAAUCGACACAAAUGGAAGCAUGCAUCUCCGAAUAUUAAAGAGGGAUUGUUAG